AACUAUUCUGCCUCACCAUGCAGUCGAGCUGCUCACUGCUAGUCGGUCUACUUCUUCUGUCCUAUGGGUCCUCAACAGUCAUCACAGGGGCCUGUGAGAAGGACCGUCAGUGUGGGGCAGGGAUGUGCUGCGCAGUCAGCCUGUGGUUCCGAAGCCUGAGGAUGUGUGCCCCGAUGGGUCGGGAGGACGAUCAGUGCCACCCUCUGAGUCACAAGGCUCCUUUCUCUGGCAGGAGACUUCACCACAUGUGCCCAUGUCAGCCACAUCUGGCAUGCAUCACGGUAUCCCAAGGUAUAUCCAGAUGCCUUUCUCCGUUCGUGUAUCAGGACUUCUACUUCUGAAGACAACCGGAGAGAAAGCUUUUCCUUCGCUAUGUCUGCAUCAGCUGUUUUGAAAUAUAUUGUUUCUAUAUUUGUUAAAGAUAACUUAUACUCUGGAGGUUGACUUUAUAUAACAAUAUUUGCUCUUCCUCCUAAGAGUUAAGAAUCUGCAGUUCAUGUUAUUUAAAACAGACCCACUUUAAAGAAUGAUGGCAUCUAGUGUUAUUCUACAUUAUUCAAGAAUAAUGACUGGAUCUGUGCAAAGCGAAGUGCUCUAAAAUAUACAGUGCCAUUCAAAUGUUUGGACACACUUACCCAUUCAUUUGAUUGGUGUCCAAACAUUUGACUGUUGUUGUAUAUUUUACAAUGCUAAUUAUCUGCAUUACUAUGUUUAAGCCUGUGUGGUGAUUUGUUGAGAACACAUUGGAUCUCUUGCAAACUCAAAGUUCUACAUAAA